UCAUGUGACUCAAUUGCAAAAUGGUAGCUGUGGAACCUAGCGAAGGUUAGAGAACGAAAUGAAGGCAUAUCUAAUGAAUUGGAAAGAGAGUUAAAUAAAGAGAAAUGUCGAAAAGUAAUGGCAGUUCGUGAAGUUAAAGUUUGUUUACUGGGGGAUUCGGGAGUUGGGAAGUCCAGUAUUGUUCUGCGAUUUGUCAAUGAUUCUUUCAAGCCAGCAUUAGAGAGUACAAUAGGUGCUUCCUUUAUGACCAAGAGAGUAGAGGUGUAUGAUGUAUCGUAUCAAUUCCAGAUAUGGGACACGGCAGGCCAAGAAAAGUAUAGGUCCUUGGCUCCCAUGUAUUACAGAGGGGCAGCUGCUGCCAUCAUUGUGUAUGACAUCACAAGGGAGGCCACCUUUAGAACCGUUAAGGACUGGGUGAGGGAGUUAAAAAGAAACGGCACACCAGACAUGGUGAUAGCUAUCGCGGGAAACAAAAGUGACCUUAAUGACCUGAGAGAGGUCAGAUAUCGUGAUGCUGAAGAGUACGCCCGGUCCAUAGGGGCCCUCUUUAUUGAGACAAGUGCUCUGUCAGCAGUUAAUGUACCACAGCUGUUUACCGCAAUAGCUGAUGGACUUCCUCCCGAGGACCCGGUGUCUGCCCGACCAGGAGGUACUAUCCACCUACGUCCCCAGGACAAAAACGCAGAGACAAAGUCAUCCUGUUGUGGAUCCAAGAACAAGCCAAGAUGACCAAGUGAUCUUUAGAGAAAUACCUCCUAUCAUAAAAUUUUUAUACACGAUCAUUUUUUUUUAUUGAAAUCAUGAAGAUUUUUAAUUUAUAUAUAAUCUCAUACAAUUGAACACAUUUUAGGCAUAAUGUGAAAAAGUGAAAAAGAUGCUGUAUUUGAAUAUAAUUACAAGUUAGUGCAUGUAUUAUUUCUAGUGGUGUUUGAAACACAUUUAUGCUGUAUAUUGCUACUUGUGCAUCUAGACGUUUGUUUAUCAGCUGUUUUUUAAUGAAAGUCUCUUUAGAGGUUUAUUUGAUAUGCACUUAAAAACCAAGUUAUGUUAGGGUUUAAUUGAUAUAAACAUUUUUUCCAUGGAAUCAUAAUUUCAAUUCAAUACAUUGGUGUAAAAUUACCAGUACAUAGAUUAUUUUUUAAUGCACUUUAGGUACACUAUGACAAUUUCAGUGAAAAAUUUGUAACUGUGUACAAUACAUCUACAGUACUUGAUAACAGAUAAUAAUUAUAAAUUUAUAAUAUAUAUUUAAGCAGAUUAGAACUUAAAACUUUGUUAUAAUAACCCUUUUCAAUCAAUUGUCCAAAACUUUCAUACAAUGGUUCUAAAAUGAAUAUAAUUGCUUGGAGAGGGGGGGGGGGGUCAACUAUAAAUUGAACGUUUUAAACCCUAAUGUCUUCCAAUUUCUUUUGUUGUGUACAUUUCUGUUCCUCUUAAAUACUUGUGUGUUAAUAAUAUAGGUAUAUAAAAAAAAAAAAGAACACUAGUUUUAAGGAAAAUUUUAAGAAAUAAAAAUGGCUAAAGAGUUUUUUCGGGAAAAAGCUUGGGGUUAUAAGUUUGAAAAUUUCUUUAAAUAAGUAAGUAGAAAUGGCAUUAUUUAAAUUUUUAUUUACUGAUUUUCUUUGAUUCCACAAAUUAAAAAAAAAACUUACAGCUAAUUUAGUAAUAUUCUAAAAAAGAAAACCUUUUACUGCUAAUUUGGUUAUUCAUGAAAUUGGUGGAAGUGGUACUUAAGUGAAAUUGUAAGAAUUGUAUUUCUUGCAAGAUGUCAGUAUUUGUAAUGUACAGUUCAAUGCAUGGAAAAGGAUACAUUAAUAUUUACAUACUAUCUUAAUGGCUGUUAUAAAACCUCUGUUUAACAGAGAAGGACUAUGCAGGGUUGUAUUAUAAUGUAUAUCCUGCAAUUUUUAUUACUAUUUAUUAUCAGACAUUCCAAUGACCCACCUUGACUUGGUUUAUGUUUUUAAAAAGUUUUUAUAUGUUGUACUUCUAUUUUAAACCUUUAAAAAUAAACAAACAUGAAGUUUU